AUGACUGGCCAACCGGGCGCUGGGGCACCCCCGAGUGUGGAGGACGAGGAGAAGGCGCGUGCUCUUAGGGCAUAUGUUGCCAAAGUCAAGGAACACCGAGAGUGGGGUGCCAGAGUCAAGAAACUGCGCGAUGAGACAAAGCUGCAGUCGAAGAAAUACGAGAAGACAGAGGAUGACCUGAAGGCUUUGCAGGGAGUAGGGCAACUGAUAGGGGAGGUCCUUCGUCAGCUGGAUUCAGAGAAAUUUAUUGUGAAGACUUCCAGCGGCCCUCGCUACGUGGUGGGCAGCAAGCCAAAACUCAACAAGUCGCUGCUUACCGCGGGGACUCGUGUGGCACUGGACAUGACAACUCUGACAGUGAUGCGCCGUCUACAGCGGGAAGUAGAUCCCCUUGUGUUCAACAUGCUGCAUGAAAACCCGGGCAAUGUGCAUUACGCGGAGGUGGGGGGCCUCACGGAGCAGAUCCGUCAAAUGCGAGAAGUCGUAGAGCUGCCCCUCACAAACCCGGAGCUUUUCAAGCGCGUUGGCAUAAAAACUCCUAAGGGAGUUCUUUUAUAUGGACCCCCCGGGACUGGAAAGACGCUUCUUGCCAGGGCAAUGGCUUCGAACAUGAGCUGCAACUUUUUGAAAGUCGUAGCAUCUGCGAUCGUCGACAAAUACAUAGGGGAGAGUGCUAGAGUCAUCAGAGAAAUGUUCGGCUACGCCAAGGAGCACCAGCCAUGCAUCAUCUUUAUGGACGAAAUUGACGCUAUUGGGGGCCGCAGGUUCUCUCAGGGAACGUCUGCCGACCGCGAGAUUCAAAGAACACUAAUGGAACUUUUGAAUCAGCUGGACGGCUUCGAUGAAUUGGGUCAGGUAAAAAUAAUCAUGGCCACCAACAGGCCUGACGUUCUCGACCCCGCACUCAUGCGCCCUGGAAGACUUGAUCGCAAGAUUGAAAUACCUAUGCCAAAUGAAAGUGCACGAGUUGACAUCCUUAAAAUCCAUUCAAAUAAAAUCUCCAAAAGCGGAGACAUCGAUUUCGAGGCCAUUUGCCGCCUUUGUGAUGGAUUUAAUGGCGCAGAUCUACGAAAUGUCUGCACUGAAGCUGGGAUGUUCGCGAUUCGCGCUGAUAGGGAUUAUGUCAUAGAGGAAGAUUUCUUCAAGGCCGCACGGAAAAUCGCAGAAAACAAGAAACUGGAAAGCAAGCUGGACUACGAGAAUAUUUGA